UCGGAAAACAAGAAGAAAAUGACACUAGAAAUUGCAAAGGCUGGAUGGCUAUACCGUCAGAGUACAAUACUCCGUCGUUGGAAGAAGACUUGGUUUGUGUUAUACCAAGAUGGUGACCUUCGAUAUUUUGAGAGUCCCAACAGUCACGAACCUGAGGCCCGAAUCGUAGUAAGGGCCGUUUGUAGUGCUAUACAGGCGGGUCAGUUGUGUGAAAAUUCAGCUCCCGAGGGUAAGACAAAGGAUUGCCUUCUUACGCUGAUCCUUCGUGAUGGAGAACUCCGACUCUGUGCUGAGGACCCAGAUGACAUGAGGGCAUGGCAGAUAGCUCUAGAGGAGGCAAGAGUUCUCCCCCCUGGGUCAGCUGUACAUGCUCUACCACCUCCCUACACAGCAGUACCACCUCUCUACACUACCAAUCUAGCUACAGAUCUACGGUCCUAUCCGUACCAGGUUGCUGGUGCCAACAGUGUGGUGUACCCACGACAGCAGGUCCAAUACUAUUAUCCAGGACAGGUGAUAUCUACCAACCCUUACACAACAGUUAUGGCCCCACCUGCAAGUCAGCCUGCAAGCAACAUAGUAUAUGUGAACAACUUACAAGAUCAGUACCUGUACGGCCGCCGACGAUACGAUGGAGGUGAUCUGGCCAUGGGCAUGGUAGCUGGGGCCGCCCUAGGAUCCAUGAUGUGGGGUCCAGUCUUAUACUGGUGAGGGGAGACAACUCGUAGGCCACAAUAUAUGGAUCAUUAUAAUGAACUUAGUUUCAUGGCAGAAACCAAUGUAUUGAAGUGUAAACAAUACUUGAUGCAAAUUAUUGAACUUAAUUCCAGAAAUCUUUAUUUUAUAUUAAUACACAGUAUACAG